GAUAAUUCUGCUAUCAAUUCAACGUCCAUAUUCCUCUUUGCUGCAACAGGACAUUAUUUUGGAAGCGGAAAACAAGCUGUUUUAAAGCGGAAAUGGAUAACAGUUAUCCCAAGAGCUUGGUGGAUCAUUACCUGAAGGUAUCCGCAAAGCUUAAGAAGAUUGAAAAGGCCAUGUUCAAACGUUUUGGUCCCAAUGUCUCCGAAGUUAUGGAUGAUUAUGCUCGUUUGGCCAUUAAAUUUGAGGAAGCAGGUAUUUUCCAAUAUGCUGCUAUGUGCCAAUUAGGUGUGGCCAAAUGUGAAAAUUAUCUCCAAAACUCAAUGUCAGAAUGUCAAGCUCUUCUGAAAGCGGCUCGUCUGUUUCUCAGGGCCCACGAAGAAAUGGAAUCAUUGUUAUUGCGUUCAAAUCGCCAUGAAUAUCGAGAAACUGCAUUACAUUGUUUCACACAGGCCAUUGAUAAGUCACCGGACGAUAGCGUUAUAAAGGCUGCAAUCAUACGAGAAAUGUCGCCACUGCAGCCGCAUUAUGAGGGAACAAGCUCAUUUAAUUCACCAGCCCAUCGAAUAUAUGAACUGGAAUUGGCCACGGAGCAAAGUGUUAUGAAUCGCGAUUUCUUAACUGCUUUGCAGCAGUUGGACGAUAUUGUCGAUAACAUUUAUGAACGUAAAAAACAAAAUCUUUACCAAGAGGUGCUAUCCAAAUCAGAGAUUUAUCGUGUUCUUCUAUUGGUGGCACUGACAUUGCCACCGGCUCGUCAAACUCCGGCCCAUAUUAAGCUAAUCGAAUUCUAUACACAAUUGGCGGAAUUCCAGCAGGAAGACGAUAUUUGUCCGAGUCCUUCUCAGUCUCCUUGUAAGAAUGUGCCACAAUUGUAUGCCUCCUGGCGACCGGGUCUAUUUUUGACACAAUCUCAAAAAUAUGCCUUGGCUGAAAUAGUUUUGGCAUGGCAUUUAUCUAAACCGCGCGAUCUUAGAGUGGCGUUGCAAGAGUUUCGUCAUAAUUUUAGUUCACUUAACGACACCCAGAGGUAUCUUAUUAAUUGUAUACUCGAAAAAGUAGAUACGAAAUGUUAAAGUAUUAUAUUUACAAACAAAAUUAUUAACUAUUAAGACUUUACAUAAAAAAACAUUCCUAAAAUAACUUGAAGCAGAUCGUUUCAAGUUAUAUUGCGUUGAAGAAUUAUUAUUUGGAAUAUACUCCACUUAAAGGAUUGUUACUUCCUGCAAUUAUCUUGAACAACAAGAUGAUGUUAAAAUUAAGGUAGCAAUUCCAAUAGUUGAUGCGAAAAUGAAAAGUCAGGAGAAUCGGUGAAACAUGUAGCAUUAUGCAAAAGUAUCACUAGAGUGCGCCCAUCUUAUGUUUUAGUAGAAUAAGGUAGUAUACUGAUGUAGUAUGUUAUAGACCAUGGGUGAAUAUUUAAUAUUUAAUAUUAUAAUUAUAAUAUUAAUCAUGUAUGGGAAAGAGAAAAUUUCAGUAUGUCCCCACCUUUUACGUUUAUUAAGUAGCAUAGAUUCUGUUUUCGAUGCAUAUGAUGGAUUCGCUCAGUUGUGGUUUGUUAUGGUGAUCCAAAGCGAUAAUCACCCAGCUCUCUUUCUCGUGUAGGCUUGAAACGUUUAUUAACGUCGUUAAUAAAUGCAGUUUAUUAUAGUAGAGUUUUCAAAACAUCAUCCGUUUUUAGAGAGGAGGGGAUAGUAUUUGGCCUAUCGACAAAUACGUUACUGAUACUGCCUUGCCGUUACGAUCGAGCGUCAGUGGUUCAGCGAACUUAACGACGCGAUUCCAUUCAAUUUUUAUAUCAUAUGCACUGGAAAUGUUUCCUUAAAAUUAGUAUAA